GCUGCACUGGAUUGUGAAAGAAUGAGAAAAACAAAUGAAUUCCCUUCUCCAAAUUUGAACUCACAAACGGAUGCAGUCAUGAGGGGUCAGAAUGUAUCUCUAUCUUGUUUCAACCAGAACAAAUCACUGCGGAUCACCUAUUUCUUGUUUCGGGGUGAGAAAUGCCUGAGCACCCAGAAUGGACCCAUGACUUUUAACCUAACAAUCUCAGAAGCCCGUGAUUUGGGCCCCUACAAAUGCAAAGCCCAAGUUUCUGACUGUUCAAAAUACAGUCGUGAGUUCAACUUCACAUUUGUCGAUCCAGUGACUGCACCAGUGCUGAACAUCAGUGUUGUUCAAACAAAAACAGACAGAUACGUAAUGCUACGCUGCAUCUCAUUCAACGGCUCUCUGCCCAUCAAUUAUACUUUCUUUGAAAAAAACAUGGCCAUAUCACCAGUUAUCUCCAAGAAUGUAAGGGAGCCUGCUGAAUUUAACUUAACCAAGAAUAACACUGGAGAAGGGAAAGAGUAUAGGUGUGAAGCUAAAAACAGAUUGCCUGGCCAUGCAAAAUACAGUCAACUCAUCACCAUACCCUCAACAGGAGGAGAGAGCUGUCCUUUCUGCCUGCAGCUACUGCUUCUGGGGUUUCUGCUUCUGGUGCUAAUAGUAAUAAUCCUAAUUCUGGCAUUUUGGAUGCUACCGAAGUACAAAGCAAGAAAAGCUAUGAAAGAUAAUGCACCCAGAGUCUAUGGAAAUACACCCGUGGAAGAUGGAAUAUAUACAAAUAUCUGUAAAAAUCAAGCAGAUGAGAAAUCUGUGCCAGGCUUAGAACCAAGGCAAUGUGUUUCCAAAGCCUGAGAUGGGACUGAAUACUCUCAGGAGAUACAUUAUGCCACCCCCAUGUUCCAGGAGGUGGCACCGAGAGAUCAGGAAACCUGUAAUGAUUGUAAAACUGGAUAUGUCUAUUCUGAACUCAUCUUCUGA